CACGCUUUGGUAUUGAAGGAAGCUAAGCUGGUAUUCAACAAAGUCAUCAGAGACCACGACCCAGUGGAAAGUUUGUACAUGAUCGAUGCAAUCCAAAGGCUUGGCAUUGAGCACCUUUUCCAAGAGGAAAUUGAAAAGGCUCUCAUUCUGCAGCAAAAUUCGAAGCUUCGAAUCGAUAUCAGUGGUGAUUCCAUACACAGCCUUAAACUUUUCGAAGUCGCUCUUCAAUUCCGUUUAUUCAGACAAGCAGGUCAUUAUGUUCAUGCUGAUAUAUUUGACUGCUUCAUGAGCAAACAAGGAAUGCUCACAGAAAAAUACAGUGAAGAUAUAAAGGGACUGGUUGCUCUCUAUGAAACAUCACAGUUAAGCAUGGAAGGAGAAGAUAGUCUUGUUCAUGCAGGCAAUCUCAGUCGUCAACUUCUUGAGAGGUGGUUGUCAACACAUGAAGGCCAUAAUGAAGCUCAAGCUGUAGCAAACGCUCUUCAGAAUCCACUUCACCAUAGCUUGUCAAGGUUCACAAACACAAGCAUCUUCAUCUCAUCAAGUGAUUUUCUCAUGAGAAAUAGAUGGACGACCAGUUUUGUUGAACUUGCUGAAAUCAAUUCCUGCAUUAUCCGCCACUUGAACCAGAAUGAAAUCUUUCAAGUCACCAAGUGGUGGAAAGAGCUUGGAGUGGCCAAGGCGAUGGCAUUUGCUAAGUUUAACCCAGUUAAAUGGUAUAUGUGGCCAAUGGCAUGCCUCACAGAUCCAAAGUUCUCGAGGCAAAGAAUUGAACUCAUCAAACCUGUUUCUUUGGUCUAUAUAAUUGACGACAUUUUUGAUGUUUAUGGUUCAUUAGACCAGCUCACUAACUUUACCAAUGCUGUGAAUAGAUGGGAAUCCACAGCCACGGAGAAAUUACCGGACUACAUUAAAGUUUGUUUCAAUCUUCUACAAGACACUAUCAAUGAGUUGGCUAGCAAGAUCCAAGAAAAGCAUGGAUUAAACCCAAUAAAUACCCUAAAGAAAUCGUGGGCAGCAUUGUUGAAUUCCUUCUUAGUAGAAGCAAGAUGGUUGAAUUCUGGUCAUUUGCCAAAGUCAGAAGAGUACUUGAAGAAUGGGAUUAUGAGCUCAGGAGUUCAUGUGGUGUUCUUACAUGCAUUCUUCCUCUUGGAUGAGGGUAUCACCGAAGAAACUGUUGCUAUUAUGGAUCAAAUUCCAAGUGUUUCUUCUUUAGUUGGUGAAAUACUACGCCUCUGUGAUGAUUUAGAAGGAGCCAUGAGUGAUGAUCAGAGUGGUGUGGAUGGAUCAUACCUUGACUGUUACAUGAAAGAAAACGGUGCUUCAGAAGAAGAAGCACAAACACAAGUAGCCUACUUGAUUUCAAAAGCAUGGAGACGUCUUAAUCAAGAAACCCUAAUCACAAGCCCAUUUCCUCCUUCUUUCACCAAGUUCUGCCUCAAUGCUGCAAGGAUGGUCCUUCUUAUGUACAGUUACAGAAGAAAUCAAAACCUUUCUGAUCUCCAGGAGUACGUGAAGUCGUGGCUUCAUGUUGGUGAAUCUAUCUACAAGCACAUCACUGUUCCUUCUAGCCACGAAGGCCAAGGCCACGUAUUUACUUAG